AUGAAAUUUCAGAGCACCCACGACGAAAGACUAAACGCCAGAGUCGACAACAUGCUUGAAGAAGGCUUAAUUCAGGAACUGCUAGAUUUUCACGAAGCCCACAACAAGCAAAGGAUAAAAGACGGAAAGCAGCCAGACUACACCAAAGGCGUAUUUCAAACUUUAGGUUUUAAGGAGUUUCAUGAAUAUCUUAUGCUACCAGAAGAAGAGAAAAAUUUAGAGGGUGGAGCCAAAUUGCUAAAACAAAGUAUAGAGAAUAUGAAAAUCGGUACAAGAAGAUACGCUAGGCGUCAAAAUAAAAUGGUUCUAGGAAGAUUUUUGGAGAUUCCAAGGAGAGAGGUACCGCCCAUCUACGAAUUGGACACAACAGACUUAAGCAAAUGGGACCAAGAAGUAACAAUUAAAGCUAUUGAUAUUAUAGAAAGUUCUAUAGCUAACACUCCUUGUAAAUAUGAAUCUUUAACACCGAAAUUACAUGAAGAAAAAAGUAACAUAGACGGUCAUUCGUCGAACUAUUGCGAAGUUUGCGAAAGAUUAAUAAUAGGUGACAAAGAAUACAAAAUACACUUGUCUUCGAAUAGACAUAAGAAAGUUCUUAAGAAAAAAAUUCAGUUAGCUGAGAAGGAAUUGGGCAUAGCCUAA